AUGUGGGACGGAAUAUUCAGUGAUCCCUGGUCCAGCAGAUUUCAGACUUCUCAUAGUCCAUUCACUGGUUUCGGUGGAUUUUAUGCAGAAAGAGCACACCCCUUUUGGGUAAAUCCUGUUUAUUUUCCAUGUGACAAGCGACGAAAGGUUUCCCACCGGAAAAAAGCAAGAUCGGUAGACGACAGAACGGAGAAUCCAGUAUGUUAUCAUACCAGGGGAAAACCCUUGAAGAUAGAGCUUCACAAGAAACCGAAAGAGAAGACAAAUAAUAUAGAGACAUUCGAGCCAACUUUACCUCAAGACGCUGUUGAUAUUCCAGUCGAAUUUCUGCCUCCCGAAGAAGAUAAAACUCCAAGAAGAAACAGGGAGCAAAGUUCUCGCGAUACAUUUAUCGACAAUGAUGCAGUGGAAAAACCCGACGCAGUUCAGGAAAAUACUAUACGAAGUGCAGACCGGUCGGCUAACAAAGCAGAAAAUUUAGAUCUGAGUCAUGGAACUGACAAUGAAGUUGAAAGUGCGAAGGAAUCGAGACCGGUGGAAUCCGGAAAGCUUUCGGCUGUAGAGGAAGAGAAGUUAAAUGAAAUCAAGAUUCAGUUAACGAAAGCGAGGGAACUGAGACCAAGAGUUAAAGCUUUCGAAGGUUCACGACGUGACAAGGAGUUUUUGUAUUUAGAUGAACACUUGACUCAAUGCAUUCUAAGCUUGGAUUUAAUCGAUACAGAUGGACUCGAAAAUGUAAGAGUGGCUCGGAGAGAGGCUGUUUCAGAGAUUUUGUCAGUCAUAAAUAAUUUAGAAUCUAAUGUACAGGAAUAG